ACGUUUUCUAUUGUUACAGAGGUAACCAUGGUGAAUUUGUUGUGUCAACAAAUCAAAAUCACACCAAACAUUUAUAUUGUGCAAUAGUUAUUUAGCGUAUAAUUAUAAUCUUCAGUAGGACUGUGUUUAAAUCAUUUCUUAGUUUCCAUGAUGGGUCUACUGAACAUUUUAAAGAAACUACGGUCUAAUCCUGAUAAAGAGCUUCGUCUACUGCUACUUGGUUUGGACAAUGCUGGCAAGACCACGAUACUGAAGCAAUUGGCUUCAGAAGAUGUCGCUCAUGUCACCCCCACAGCGGGGUUCAAUAUUAAAUCAGUGCUUUCCAACGGUUUCAAAUUAAACGUGUGGGAUAUUGGUGGGCAGAGGAAGAUCAGACCGUAUUGGAGAAAUUAUUUUGAAAAUACAGACAUUCUUAUCUAUGUAGUGGAUUGCUCUGACCACCAAAGACUUGAAGAAACUAGCCUAGAACUGGCAGAGCUCUUGCAAGAUGACAAGCUACGCGGCGUGCCUCUAUUGGUGUAUGCUAACAAGCAAGACUUAGCUACAGCUUUGCCGGCGAGCGAGGUAGCGACUUUGCUUGGCUUGCAUCUGAUCAGGGACCGGACUUGGCAGAUUCAAGCGUGUGUGGCUACUGACGGCACUGGCGUGAAGGAAGGCAUGGAGUGGGUUUGCAAAAAUAUUCCGAUUAAAAAGUAACUUCUGCAGAUAAUAUAGUUUUAAGAAAUCAAUCAAAGAUGAUAUUAUAUUGUUACUUCUUACCUUACCAAUUAAUUAAUUAAUUAUUUAUUUAAUUAACAAACCACAAAUGAAACUUAAUGUGUUUAUUAUAUUUUAUAUUAAGUUAUUAUUGUUUACAAAAAUCGACCGAUAUUUUUAAAGUUUAAUUACGAUAUUUUUUUAGAUUAAAAAGUCACAUGAUACCUAAUUUGU